UAGAAAUUCCGAAUUGAAGCUUGCCACACCACGGAGAUUUAUUUGGGAGUCUCAAUUCGACUGCGAUAGCCUCAAGCGACCCCAGUUGAAGCCAUUGCCAAACUUUAUUACGCAAGGAAUUGAGCAGUCAACAUAUCAACCAUCGAUCCGGCCCAGAAUGCUUUGCAGAGCGUGCCGUCGCGCAAUUGCGCUCCCCAAGCCCACUGCGAAUACCAUCAUCGCAAAAGCUCCCCUCUCAAGUCUCUCGAUCGCAACAAUGAACAACGCCCUGAGAUCCACUGCAACAGUCCAAGCUCCCAAUGCGAUCCGAUCACGAUCUCAAUCCAACCUCCGAUCGAUCUCAAAGCGCUCCUACUCCUCCGCGACCGAGACCUCAACAGCCCUCGAGAAGCCCGACCACCUGGACGAUGCCGAAUCGACGAUAUGGGAUAAGCUCGUUGCCGAGUUCACGCCCUCGGAACUCAUCGUACAAGACGUGUCGGGCGGAUGCGGUUCCAUGUACGCCAUCGACAUCACCUCAGCCAAGUUCAAGGGCGCCAACAUGCUGAAGCAGCAACGAAUGGUCAACGCCGUUUUGGGCGACAUGAUGAAGCAGUGGCACGGUGUUCAGUUGCGCACCAAGGCGCCUCAAUAAGGGUUUGGGCUCUACCCACGGAAUCACUUUGGGCGUCGCCGCGAUGAAGGCGACUGUACUAUAAACGAUAAUGUACCAAUAACCACCAACACUCGGCGGAGCAAUCGCGCCUCGCGGACGGCGAAGACUCGAGUGAAGGAAGAUAUGGAGGGCCAUUCUGUCAAUCCUCGGACGGAAUUUGUAUGCUAUUGUGUUCUUAAUAUGGAUAACCCUUCCCGUUCUCUCCCCCAACAUCAGCUUUCCACUGCU